AUGUCAGAGGGCGCUUACAAGCGUCGCAACCGAGCCGAUAGCGGCACUUUCACAUGUGACAGUGAGACUGAAAGUUUCUGCGAGGCAAUGCUACGCCUUGCCGACUACCUGAUCGAAGAAGACCCCAAACUCGACAAGCCCGAUCAGGUCCGAACUGGGGGGUGUAUCCUCUUCGUGCGCGAUGAUCUCCAAGAAGACAUGCGCGUCAUGAAAGUCUUACCUUCAGAGGCCAUGUAUCCUGGCUUUCAAGCCCGAGAGAUGAACAUCCUGAGCCGCCUACACCAUCGCAACAUCAUAAGCCUCCACGACGCGCAUCUCCCUAGCCCUGUCACAGAACGUCACGCCUCGCCCUACAUCGUGACAGAGUACUGCGACCAUGGUACUCUAGCCGAUUUAAUCAAAAGAUGGAACGAACAUGGCGAGCUCCUUCCCGAAAGCUUCGUCUGGCAAGUCUUCGAAGCCCUCGUAGCAGCCGUCCAGUACCUGCAUCACGGACCAUAUUCCUACAACGAGGCAGCCUACAAUUGGGAUCCCAUCACCCACCGCGACAUCAUCCCAUCCAACAUCUUUUUGAAGAGCGAUACGCAAGUCAUCCCAAGCGACUAUCCCAUCAGCAUCAAAUUAGCAGAUCUCGGCUGCGCCAUCACCAAUAGCGAGAUGGAAGCUUACAACUAUACCCUUCGUGAUCUUCCUCUCGUGGCUGAUCAGUACAGGCCUCCAGAAGGGGCGCAAGCGACUGAAGCGACGGAUAUGUAUCAAGUUGGGCUGGUCAUGUCGCUGAUGUAUUGUAUGACGGAUAGCCCUUCAAGCAACAUUGCUGAAACAGGCAACUUGACCCAGGACUACCUUGCGGGUUAUAAGGGUUAUUCGUCUGAGUUGCGGAUGUUCAUCGAGAUGUGCCUUGAUGUUGACGAUGAACAGCGGCCUCAUACGAACUUUUUCCUACUGCGCAUACAAAGUGCGAGGAGGUUCUUGAGCAAUGCGGGGAAGUUUGGUGCGCAAGUCGACCUUUUCGCACAGGGUUGA